AUGAAGUUCACCGCUGAAAUCGCCUCCAUCGUGCUGGCCGCGACCUCGGUCACGGCUGCCCCCUCGGUCAAGAGGGCGACCGAGAUCUCCUGCGACUCCUUCGGCUCCAAGGAGGCCGGCCCGUACACCAUCUACCACAACAACUGGGGCGCGGCCCAGGCCACCUCUGGAAAGCAGUGCACCUCGUUCGACAGCAUCGACGGAACCACCGUCGCCUGGGAGACCAACUGGAACUGGGAGGGCGGUUCCACCUCGGUCAAGUCCUACUCCAACGCCGCUCUUGAGAACGUCGGCAAGCAGCUGAGCGCUGUCAAGUCCAUUCCUUCCACCUGGAAGUGGACCUACUCCAACACCGACAUCGUCGCCGACGUGUCGUACGACCUGUGGCUGGCCCCUACCCAGGGCGGCACCAACUCGUACGAGAUCAUGGUGUGGCUGGCCGCGUACGGCGGCGCGGGCCCCAUCUCGUCGACGGGCUCUGCCAUCGCCACGCCGACCAUCGGGUCCACCUCUUUCAAGCUGUACGAGGGCCCCAACGGCGACACGACCGUCUACUCGUUCGUGGCGGACUCGCCCGUCGAGGACUUCUCGGGCGACAUGAUGGAGUUCCUCACCUACCUUGUCCAGAACCAGGGCGUCGCCGACAGCAACUGGAUCACCAGCCUGCAGGCCGGUACCGAGCCCUUCACCGGCGCCGAGACCGUCUUCAAGACCACCGCCUACUCCCUGACCGUCGCCUAA